UCAUAAUUUAAUUGAAGAAUGGCAGGAGAAAUAAACGAUGAAUUAUUACUACAGUGUGUGGCGAACUAUCGGCCGUUAUAUGACAAGAGCUACGAAGGGUACAAAUCAGUUCUUCAAAAAGAGAACUGUUGGAGAUCAGUGGCCGAUUCACUGAACAGAGAUGUUGCAACAGUUAAAGCUCGCUUUAAAGCCCUUCGAGAAAAAUACCGUAGGGAAAUAAGUACAGAAGAAAAGUUGAACCGUAGCGGCGCACCUGCCAAUACAAGACCUACUUGGCCACUUAUGAGCUUUUUUAAGUUUUUAUAUAAAAGUGAUGGACAAAGUAGGCAAACAACUACAAAUCUGCCCUCAAGUUCAGGUGAAAGUAGUAGUAUCAACUCUGAAGUGGAAACUGAAAUAAUUACAUUCAUUGACCAUGACUACGAAGGUUGUUUUUCACCUGUCAGUAACAACACAUGGCAAAGCGAAAUGGAGAAUACUCCACAACGAAAAGGGAAGCAAAGUACAAAAAGAAAGUGUGACCGGUCUGAUGUCGUUGAAAUUGAUUCUGUGCUUAAGGAUGUGUCCAGUGCAUUACUUUCGUUAAAUAAUACAGACAACAAUGGUACAAAAUAUGAGAAAUUUGGCCAAUAUGUAGCUGCCGAGCUAAAAGACAUGACUACAAGUCACGCAGAUGAAGUAAUGGAUGCAUUAACACUUCAAUUAGUUUCAUUCAAAAAACGCAUUAGAGAUCAAUCCUUCAGUUAGUUAAGUAGUUUGCGAUGUAUUUAUAACAA